AUGAAGUUGGGAUUAGACGUCGAUAUCCACAAGCUAGAGGUCGAGAAAUUAAGGAAAGGAAAGAACAAGGCCGAGGAAGAUCUGGAUAGUCUGAAAAGCGAUUACAAGAAGCUGCGCAUGUCGAUAAAAACUGCCAGUUUAGGAAAAAUGUCGGAGCAAUGGCGCCAAGAGAUCAAAGAGGAAAAUACUAGAUCUGACCAUUGGGAGAAAAAGUUUCAAUAUGCCCGAGAACGAGAGGACACUUUGAAAAAGAGUUUGAUAGAAAGUCAAAAAGAAAAAGAGAAGUUACGAGCUCGGGUGGCUGAAUUGGAGAGAUCACUACAUCAACAUCAUGGCCGUGAUUCCGUAAUGGAGCUGAAGGUUAGUCUGAGCAAGAUUGAGGAGUUGAAAGGGAGAGUAGAGGAACUCGAGACUGCGCUGCGAGAUAGUAAAAUUCGAGUAGAACUUCUUGAGGCAAACAACGACCAUUAUAGGGAACAGCUUCACCGCUCUCAAGACCAGAUUAGAGAAAGAGACUAUGUCAUGGGCGAAGCUGUGGCUCAGGUUCGGGAGGUAGCCGAUCACUUGCAAACCUUGGCAGUUCAGGCUGAUGUAUUGAGCUUAAAGUACGAGUCAGAAUCAGAUCGAGGUCGAAACUUAGUUUGGCUUCUUAGGAAAAUUAAGGCUUUAGGCAUUAGGGCGAAGUCGUAUAUGUAA